AUACGUUCGUGGUUGAAAGUGGGAUUCUAACCUAAAUUAAUCGUGCUACUACCCAAAGCUACAUUUUCGCAAAGCUUUACGUCAUUUCGACGAAAUAAUUAUCUGGAUUGCAUUUUAUGAUAUCUGUUUCCGUCGUUAGAGAAGUAUCGCGAAAACAUUACGAGAAGAGUUUAUGGUGAGACUCGCAGAUACCUGACAAUGACGAACAGCUGGCGAGGCACAAGUGUGCCAGCAAGUUCCAAGGAUCUGGAACAUAAUGAGUUUAUGAAACGCAUAAGAAAAUCAUUAUAUUAUUCCAAAUUACCAGUGAUUAACUCCUUGAGCUUACCAGUUACAGAAUUGGCAGCGGAACUUUUUACAGAAGUGAAAAGUGGUCAUACGUUGGAAAAACUUGAUGUUGAGGAAGCAAGUAGGAUAUCUAGAAAUGCGUGUGUUUCCCCAUGUUCGCUUGUGUUGGCCUUGCUGUACAUUGAAAGAUUAAAGAACUGCAAUCCAGAAUAUCUUCUUCAAGUAGCACCGUCUGAGUUAUUCUUGGUUUCUUUGAUGGUAGCCAGUAAAUUUCUACAUGAUGAUGGCGAGGAAGAUGAGGUUUUUAACAAAGAAUGGGCGAAUUCAGGACAAGUGACUAUAUCUCAAAUGAAUAAAUUGGAAAAAGAUUUUCUUGCUGCAAUCGACUGGACUGUAUUGGUGCAACAUCAAGAUUUUUGGGAAAGAUUGCAACAACUAGAAAAAAAUGUGGCAUAUCGAGAAGUACACAAGCGAAGAUGGUGCACAUAUACAGAAUUGAGCUGUUUGAUGAAUACUGUUCAAUUGAUUAGAAUCGCGCAAACCUUAAUAAGUGUUUCUUCGAUCUGCUUGGCGACUUAUGCCGCUGGAUUGGCGACUCUUCUGGGAUCUACUCUGGUUGCACAUUUUAUUGUGCAAAGUUGUUUACCAGGGGCAUCGUUUAAUUCGAAGCAACCAACAAAUUUGUCCGUGAAUCUUCCGAAUCUCACGUCAACCGACCUAACUGAUUCAUUGAUAAAUACACGAUCCCAAGAGAUCAAUGACGACGGUCUUCCGAUUUCCGAUUCUAAAAACGUGAAUUAUUCCGCGAUUGUGGAAACCACAAAUGAUGAUAAAGAUAUAGCUAGUUGGAAAUGGUGGCUAAAUUCGACAAUGAUUUGGCUGCCCGAGCAUUGCAAUUUGGAGAGCGAUGUCGAGGUUGCAAAUUCUACCAAUAGAUUAUGUAUCACCAACAUCGACUUCUCAUUCAAUUCGACGCAAGCUAUAAAUACAAAAAAAACAGAGAAAAUAAGAAAAACGGAGGAUUUUGCACCGGAAGACUAUCGCCGCAACGUGAAUUGGAAGGAAAUAUUGGACACGACCUUAAGCUGGAUGGUACAAGACUGGAGACGAUCGCAUUACAAAAAUAUCUUUCGAUCACCAGAAUUAAAAAUUUACUAUUAGUCUGUUGAUAAAAACUUGCCUGUUAGACAGCCUUCUUUCAAAAGAUAUAUAUAUAAUAUAAAUCUAUAUAUUUUUUGUACUAACAUUUUGCAAUGUAACGUUCGAUACUAACAGAUCUGUUUUUCUCAAUAAAUAUCCAAUGUCGCAUGCUAUGAA